GAGGUUAUGUUAUGUGUCAAAGUGUGUCAUUUUUCCGGGCAGCCAUUCGCCACGUAAUUUCCCCAAAUCUCCGGUAAAUCUCAAGUUUUUCACUAAAACCCAGAAUGGACUCCAUGGUGAGAUAUUUGUCCCCAAUCAAUCCAACAGUCUUUCCUCACCUGGCCACGGUUCUCCUGGUAAUUGGAACCUUCUUCACUGCCUGGUUCUUUGUUUUUGAAGUGUCCAGACCCAAAGAUUCCUCCGGCAAUGGCCAUUCAGGAAAAUUCUCCAAGGAUGGUGUAAUUUUCAAGGAACUCCUCAUCAGUCUUUUUGCAUCGAUUUUCCUCGGUUUUGGAGUUUUGUUUAUGAUGCUCUCAGUUGGUAUUUACGUUUAGAAAAAGAACAUUCUCAAAUAAAACAAAUUAAGAAAAUCA